UGCUAGUUGUAUCCGUGUGCAACGGGACAGGAGAGCUAGUCAGCGGGCCGACCGGACUUGGCGAGCGGAAUGGGUGGCGGCGCUUAAAGGCCCCCGGUAGCAAUCUCCAUGCGUUCGGGGGGACUAGGAUGUCCAAGGCCGGGAGUAAAAAGUCUUCUAAAGCAGCAAAGCGACCCACGGCAAACGGAAUUCCGAUUCUGCCGCGCCAGGGCAGUCUACAGGGCGCCAGCGAGUUCUACGACUUCGCCUGUAAGGUGAUGCUGAUUGGUGACUCGGGAGUCGGGAAGACUUGCGUGCUGGUUCGCUUCAAGGAUGGAGCUUUCCUCUCCGGAUCCUUUAUUUCUACAGUCGGGAUCGACUUUCGGAACAAAGUUGUCAAUGUUGAUGGUGCUAAGGUCAAACUACAGAUUUGGGACACUGCUGGCCAGGAGAGGUUCCGUAGUGUAACACAUGCUUACUACAGAGAUGCACACGCCCUGCUGCUUCUAUAUGAUGUCACCAACAAGACAUCCUUUGACAACAUCAGAGCCUGGCUUAGUGAAAUCCAUGAAUAUGCACAGCAAGAUGUGGUCAUCAUGCUGCUGGGGAACAAGGCUGAUAUGCAGGCAGAGAGAGUUGUGAAGAGAGAAGAAGGCGAGAAGCUUGCUCGAGACUUUGGGAUUGCCUUCAUGGAAACAAGUGCCAAGACAGGACUCAAUGUAGAGCUGGCCUUUAUGGCAGUGGCAAAGGACCUGAAAUCACGGAAAACCAGGAAACCAAACGACCCCAAGUUCAGCGUGACGGAGUACGUGGACCAAGAGAAGCAGAGCCAGGGCUGCUGCUCCUGAACCCUCACCUUUCACCCCUGACACGGAACAGUCCACUCUACUUACCCACGAGUCCUCACUUAUUAUAAUAUUAUAAUGGUUCGACCUUCAAUGUCAUAUAUUAGCACAUUCUGCUCUUUGGGUUUCAUAGUAAAACAAAGGAAGAUACAGUUUUUCUGAGCUUUGUAAGAUUAGAAUGGUUUAUAGACACUGGUUAAUGAUUAUAUUACCUGUUUUAUUAAAGUGCAAUGGAUGGGAACAUAACAAUUACAUUCCAUAAUUGGCCACAAUUCCAAUAGAUAUAAAAUAAUAUUAAAACAAUAAACAUUACAUACAGGGGAUGAAAAUAGUACGAAAACAGCAUUAGCCCAUGUUAAGGUAUCAUAAAAUCUGUGGAAGUUUAGCACAAGAAAUGGCAGGUCAACAAGAAAGUGUGCAGGUGAAUUCAGGCUAUUCUGUAGUUUAGUUUGGUUGCAAUCUUCCUUUCAUUUCUAUUUCUUAAUUUGUUUGUCUUCCCUUUGGUUGAGCUAAUAAGAAUGAGAUGUGAACAUUUUGUCGAAAGUAUAUUCAAGAAAUAUGUCAACAUGUAGCAUAAGCGUUGGGCAUUAGAAGAAAACGUUACAUGUAUCAUAAUCAUAGUUGUGUGGCAGAAUAGGUUGACUUUAUUUUUCAACAUGGAGCAUUUAGUUUAAGAAGGGAACAUAAAUGCAUAUGAAAACUUAAACCAACACUUCAUUGUUUAAAGAUUUACAUUUAAGGAUGAGGUCUGAAGUAUGUAUAUCACCAGUUUGUAAAUUAACACACUUCCAUGUGUUAAUAACUAGUUGUGUAUGCACAUACAGUCUAGAUUUUAUUUGUAGAAAAGAAAAAAAAAACUACGCAACCCUACAGAGAAAAUUGGUAUGCUAAAAAAUGCACCAAAGACCCACACAUUUCGACAAAUCGUCAGAAUUUGGUUGUACAAUAAUUUCUCUCCUUCCUUUAGCUUGCAAAAAAUAUGAAUCAAUAUCUGUGUUCAGUUUUUCCUGGUAAAAUCACAUGUUAGCACUUAAAUUCAGAAUCAUGAAACAUUGUGUUUUCAUAACGUUUUGAAACAGACUUGAAAUAUGCUUGGGAAAAGUUAUGAAUUGGGGGAUAUGGUGUGCAGUGGUAUAUAAAAAAAACUGGAGACAAUAUUGUAGCAAGUAGCAGUGGCUAUAAAUAUGUCUAAUGGCUCUGUGUGUGUGAUCUUUGUAUUCCAUGCACCAAGCAGUGCACUGUUGUGCAAGAGGCUAGUUGUCAUGCUGCAGAAAAAAUGUUUGUCAUACACACGUAACUAUGUAUAAUGCUGUUGUGUACCAUGGUCGCUGCAAUAUUGUGCACUCAUUGCAGUUGCGAAGUGCACUCAUUGCUGUUGCUCUUUGUCAUUGAUGCACAGACUGCAAUGCUGUAGUUUGCAGUUGCACUUUGCCAGAGUCAGACCAUUGGUGCACAACAGCAUUUCCUGCUAUUGUGCAUCCAGAUGUGCAUCAGAACGAGUGACGCAGAAUAGCUAUGCUCUUGUCUGAUACUCUAGUUGUCUUUUUGCCCAUUUGUGGUUUUGAAGUGCGAGUCAGGUCCUUAGCUGUUGUAUAUAGUGUGUAGGGGUACAUUCAUGUAUAUAACAUUAUAUUGGAGAGUUAUAUAGAUGUUUAUUGUGAAACCCUAGUGGCAAAAGAUCCAACAAAAAAAUUUAUGGUAACCUCAGAGAUCAACUUUGUGAUGAUAAUCAUGACUCAAGAAUGGUUCAACCUCAGCUUGGACUUUGUCAUAAGAUUUGACUUUUGCAGAAAUGUAUAUUGAAGGUUCCAAUGACAGUACCUUGAACUGGGGUUGUAGAAUCAUAAAAACACAAGAAAGACCAUGCAACACAAAUUGAAAGCUCAAAAGUACUGAUAGAAUAGAAAGCAAUCAUAGAAUACGCUUGAUGGUGAGUGAGCGAUGACUUUGUCUCCUGGUUUUGCAAAGAUCAGUCGGUCAUUUUACAGGGGAAACCUUGAUAGAAAUUCUACUAUAGAUAUUUGAUGUGGUUUCCUUCUGUUUUGCUUCCAACAGGGCAUCGUCCAGUGAACCAUGUGACAGGGAAUAAAGUUUUGGACCAAU